AUGUCAUGGUGAAGAGGGACAAGAAGAAGAAAACAAAUAUAAUUAUAGGAUUGAACACGAUUAUAGAAAGAAAUGAUUCGACCAUUAUACAUUUCUUCCGAGGAUCUCCUAUACUUCCUUGCAAAUCUGUUUUGCUUCAAAAUGAAUUUCCCACUAUCAGUCGUAUCCUACGAUAUUUGCCGGAAUUUAUUUUAAAAGAACCUUGUAUGAAAUGCCCACGUAUAAAGAAAAGAAAGAAAAGUGAAAAGUUUCGAUAUGUCAAGCGAUACGUUCUUGCCGAAGGAGCGCAUCUCGCUGUAGUUUGUCCAGAAUCAAGCACAGCAUCGCAAGUAAUUUGGAAAAAGGACACACUCACUUUAAAGAAAGGAACAGGACAGUCAUUUCGUAAAAAAGAUAAAGAGACUCGAGUGAUGGUAGACACUUUUUCGACACUUUAUUUAAUAGAAGUGUCCAAAGAUGAGCAAGGCAACUAUACCUGUUACGUGGAUAACAUUAACAUGAUGCGUUUAAAAGUCAUCGUUAUAUCUAAAACUCGACUUUUAACACAAGGUAUUCUUCGAAGAUGCGUUAGCUGUAGAUCGAGAGGAGACCUGGGGUCUUGCAAGGAUCCUUUUAUUAUGAAUUCUACGCAAAUUGCACUUGAGAAAGGUGUAGAUGCAGUACCCUGCGUUUCUGGAUGGUGUGGAAAAAUCAUUGAAAGUCAAAAUUUAAAUAAUGAGUAUGGUACUGCCACGCAGAGAUUAUGCUUCCAACGAGGUCCUGAUGAUACUGAGGAAAGAUGUGCUUAUACAGUGUGGAAUUAUAAAAAAGUGUACAUGUGUCUAUGCUACGGAGACCUUUGUAACGGAGUGAUGAGAACAGGCGUUAUUAGUAGGUUUUUAAUAAUGAUAACUGUAUGUUUAGUACGCUGGUUAGUUUGAGGACACAAUAAUGAAUAUCAUGAAUGAGCUAAAAUGAUUGAACAUCUUGUGAGUAUUUCAUAAAACAAAAGUUUCUAUAAUAAGAAUCUACUUUGAUCAAUAUAUUCUUAUAUAUGUAUAAAAUA